AGUUUGUGUCCCAAGGUGAUAUCGGGUGGGUUGGAGAACAUGCAUAUCGAAAAUGUUUGUCGCCUCUGUCUCACGGAUGCUUCCGAGGCUGGGGACAUGUUUCCGAUCUUCCCGGUCCGCGGUGGAAAUCCACACAGUCCUACGUCCGUGGUAAAUCGGAUACUUCAAUGUACAUCUUUGAGGCUCGAACACACUGAAGGAGUACCGGCGACAAUAUGCGAGCUGUGCAGCGUCCGGUUGGAGGAUUGGCAUGCGUUCCGCGAACAGUGUCUCGGUUCGGACGAAUACCUGCGGGUCACACUGCGUCACGCAUUCUAUCCCGACGAAGGCCAAACAUCACAUUCUGCCAGCUCGAACUCAGCCCUCCCUAUCCUGCCGCCCAAUGGGAAUCAAUUGACCAAGUCCAUGUCUAUCCACACAGACAGUAUGUCGACAAAAUCCUCACCCAUCGGUAGAAAUGUAUCCAUGACACCGCCACCACCAGUCUCGUCGCGAUUGAGUUUAGCCAAACGACGGCAGAGCACAUUCGAAAUGCCCGUUUCUGACGGCAAGGGUAACACCACGGACCAGAAGAUUCUGGUAGAGGUGCUCGGCGUUUGCAACGACACCGGAAAGCGACCAUCCGUACCAACGUUCGAUGGAACGACGAAUGGGCAGCAGGAAAAACCGAACGGAUUCUCCACGCUGGACAAUACCAUGCUGGAGCAGGCAAGCUGGUCCAGAGAGUACUGCGCACGGAUCAACAAUCUGAUGGUGAAGGUGAACGGGCCGCGGCCGUUCAAAUGCAAGGUGUGCCGUAGAAUGUUUAACAAUCGUACGAAUAUGCGCCGCCACAUCAAGGUACUGCACAGCGAUGAAGUCUUCGAAGGUGAGAGCCCACCGCCGGAAUGCUAUGGCUAUACCGACCAGGCGGAACAAUCACACCAGGACACGUCACGGCCACCGGUGAAAAAGAAGCGCAAAAGUACCGACCCUCCGAUCGUGGGUCCGUACAAGUGUGAGGUGUGUCCGAGAUCGUUCAAAAUGCCGGCGCAUUUGGCGGUGCAUCGCAAAACGCACCGCCAGAUCGAGUUCGAUCAUUCGGAGCUGUCGAGGGUGAUCGAGCAGCAGAAGCGACAGAUGCAGCAGCAGCAACGUGAACGAUCAUCGUCGGCCGUUUCAUCGGAGGUGGACCGAACGCGAAAGACGACCACCAUUGAACCGUGCGAUGUGAUACAGCUGUCCGACGAUGACGAGGAGGAAGAUCCAAUGGGUAAGGCGUUGCAACGCACAACGUUCGGUGCGGGUGAUGAUUUGGACGAUGGGUUCGAUGAGGAGGAAGGUAGCCUAAAGGAAGCAAGCUCGCUGGAUGUUGAUUUGCGGCCCGAUCCUUCGUCGCUAGCGAUCGUUCAGAUCGGUGCCGAAGACAACGAUGGUCCAGAACAACAGGUGACUUCAAGGCGGCACGAUGAGGAAGAGGAUGAGGACGUCAUGGUGGUGGUACAGGAUGUGGAAAGCAAAGCGCUAGCGAGUAAACCGAAACCCGGCCCAUCAUCGUCGUCCCGUGCUCCACCAGGGCCGCUCUCGUCGAAACUGAAGUACGGCAACCAGACAGCAAGCAACAGCGGUACCGGAGGUGCAAAACAACAACAAAAGCCACUGAAGAUUGCUGCCAAGCCAAUAGAAGAUCUUCAACGAAGGCAAAGUUCCUUGCACUCUACUGCGGCAGGUCCUGCUGGUAAACAAAAGCCAGCAACAGUUGGCACUCCUCCAACGACCGAACAACAACAGUCAUCCUCCUCAACAACUACUACCGUACAUCGUUGUCACCUGUGUCGGCACACGUUCCCACGGGAGGAUAUGCUCCGGGAUCAUCAGAAAUCGCACCAGCAUGAUUCACCGUGUGCGUACCGGUGCGGCUGGUGCAAGAAAGGGUUCCGCUAUCGGCAGAACUACACCUUACAUCUCGAGAAACAAACCUGCCGGCUUAUAAACGCGGACCCGGUACGUGCGCUGCAGCAGCAGCAGCAGCAACAGGCGGGCAAAUGCACUUAAGAACAUGUUCAAUAGGAGCGCAUCCUUACUCUCACACUACUCUUAGCUAUUUAAAUAGAAAUAUUAGGCGGUAUGAUAGUACCCGUUCGUUACUCUUCCCGUAACUACUCAAGCACUGAUAGGGAAGAAAGCGUUUUGUGUAAAUUGUAAAUUAUUACCAUUAGUAAGAGGGAUUCAGUAUAAAUAUUAUUUGAAUCAAAGUAUGCUUCUAGAAACAUUUCAUUUAAAAUAUUGAAAUGAACAGUAAAGCAUCACACAAGCAGUAUUUCAAUCAAGUUCGAUUCAGAGAAAUUAGAGAGAUCAGGCAGCUUAAACUCCUGUGUAAGACUUAUGUACCGAAAUGUGUUCCAUUUUGAGCGGUUUCCUCAGUUACAUGGAUUUUUUAGCAGUGCAGGAUCAAUCCCCUUGGAGGCCAAGGGCGGAAUUAUAGUUGGGGCCUCUAAUUUUGAAAACGAUGAAGCGGGGGUGGGCAUUGAGCGAAAAGGGCCAUCAUCAUCAUCAUUUUUGUUUCAUUUUUAUAACUAAAUAUUAAUUAUAAGUAUGAAAGAUCACGAUCAUGUGGGGUCUACAUUGUUAAGGAUAAAAAACCAUCCACUCUUUAGUGGUGUUGUAUUCCAAU